AUGCUAUUUCUCUUCUUCAACUCCAAACGACCCAAUGACACUGAAGAAAUCACACAAGAUAUGCUCAACUUAGCCAGUAAUCAGUCAGCCAAAGCCGUCUACAACAAAGCUUUAGCGGAAUGUUUGAUGAAAAUAAAGAAGGAUAUCUUCUGCGUGGAAUCAAUCAAAACUUGUACCCGCGCUGAGAGGUUGGCCAAAAGAGUAUUGGAAUUUGGAAUCCGAAAAUACAGAAUAGGCGGUAAAAAGGCAAAGAUCCUUACCGAAUUCUUCAAAUCAUGCGCAGACAUGGUCAGGAUCACAUUUGAGUUGCGAAUAAGAAUGGUUCCAACAAUGGCAGAGGAAAUUGUACUUGAGUGGGCAGCGGAGACGGAGAAGAAACUAAACUCUGAAAAGGGAGAGAGGCGUCGCAAUCAAAAAAUACUGAUGUGA